AUGUUAAGAAUUGUCAAAAGGUUUAAUUCUUCUGUGGUAUCUCAAAGCAUCAAGAAAACAGCAUUAUUUAAUCUGCAUGAAGAACUUGGCGCAAAGAUGGUCCCAUUUGCAGGUUAUAGUAUGCCUUUGUUAUAUCCAACAUUACAAAGUCAUAUUGAAUCUCAUCACUGGGUAAGACAGAAAGCAGGUUUAUUUGACGUAUCUCAUAUGUUACAAAGUAAACUUUCAGGGGAUGGGGCAUUAUCAUUAUUAAACAAAGUGACACCAACUGAUUUUUCAGUAAUGCCAGUGUAUAAUGGAUCACUUAGUGUAUUAUUAAACUCUAAUGGUGGAAUAGUUGAUGAUUUGAUUGUUAUUAGGGAACCUGGAUCAGAAGAUUCCUUCCAUGUAGUGAGUAAUGCAGCAAGAAGUAAAGAAGUCACUGAAUUUUUAAAUGAUGAGAUUAAGAAAUUAUCAGGUGGACAAAUUGAUUUUACAAUAAUUAAUAAUGAAGCAUUACUAGCCUUGCAAGGUCCUUUAGCUGCCGAAUCUCUAAAUAAGUUGAUUGAAAAUAGUGAAUCUAAUAAUAAUUUAAAGGAUUUGUAUUUUGGUCAAAGAAAACAAUUUAUAUUAAAAAAUGGAAUUGUUGUUAAUGUUAUGAGAGGUGGGUAUACUGGAGAAGAUGGAUUUGAAAUUGCAGUUUCAAAUGAUGAUGCUUUGAAAUUUGCUGAGUUGUUAUUAUCCGAUUCAAAUGUGAAACCAAUAGGUUUAGCCGCCAGAGAUUCUUUGAGAUUAGAAGCUGGGAUGUGUCUCUACGGUAAUGAAUUGGAUAUGAGCACAACACCUGUUGAAGCCAAUUUGAAUUGGUUAAUCUCUAAGACAAGAAGGACUCCAUCCGAAUCUUCGUUCAAUGGGUUUGAUAAGAUAAUGGAUCAAUUAAAUAAUAAGACUUGGCAAAGACGUAGAGUAGGUUUCCAAUAUAUUGAUGGUAAGCCUUCGCCAGCAGCAAGACACAACGAUAAGAUUUUUACUCAGGAUAAGAGUACAGAAAUUGGUGUUGUUACUUCUGGUAGUAUAUCGCCCACGUUGAGUUUGACUGGUGGUGGAACCAUCAAUAUUGGACAAGCGUAUUUAAAGAAAGGGUAUACGAAGACCGGGAAUCAAUAUUUUGUCCAAGUGAGAAAGAAGUUUUUCCCCAUUGAAAUCAAGAAGAUGCCGUUUGUGCCAAGUAACUAUUACAAAGGUUAG